GAUAAAUAGCCACCUUACAAUUCCAUUUUAGAAAAAUAGCAAAUUUUUUUAUUUUUUUAAAAACUAACCAAUAUUUUACCCGUUUGGACUAAAGUACCCUUAAGGUGGCUAUUUAUGGGAAAAACCCAAGAGAAAAACUCUGUGUCCUUGUUCUUGCUUCAAAACGAAAGCCUCCAAUGGAAAGCUAUAAGAAAAAGUUGACUACUUUUUGACGAAUUUAUCAAAUUUCUUAGGAGUGAACCUUUUUUUUGUUUUUUUUGGGUUAAAUCUUUUAUCCUUUGUAGGGGAAGAGAGCAAAGGCUUAGAUUGCUCACGAUCUGAGAGCAAUCCUUUUUUGGCCCUUGUCUCUCCCUAACAGGGAAUAAAUUUGAAAAAGAUAUGGAGAAGGUGAUGAACAUUUUGAAGCCAAACCCAAACCCACAGCAACAAUUGAGAGAUUGGCAGCGUAGACUCCACCAAGAGUGCCGCAAUAUUGAACGUCAGAUUCGAGAUAUACAAAGAGAAGAGAAAAGUGUGCAGAAAGCCAUUAGAGAAGCUGCCAAGAGGAAUGACAUGGUCUCUGCUAAGGCACUUGCAAAAGAAAUUGUCAGAUCAAGAAAAACAGUGACCCGUCUUUAUGAAAAUAAGGCACAACUCAAUUCAAUAUCAAUGCACCUUGGGGAAAGUGUUGCUAUUGCCCUUACUGUGGGGCAUUUAUCUAAGAGUGCAGAUGUUAUGAAGCUUGUCAAUAAUCUCAUGAAAGCUCCAGAGGUGGCUACUACAAUGCAAGAGUUCAACAAAGAAAUGACCAAGGCAGGGGUGAUUGAGGAGAUUGUAAAUGAUGCUGUUGACUCAGCACUAGACUCUGAGGAUAUGGAAGAGGAGAUAGAAGAAGAGGUUGAUAAGGUUUUGACUGCCAUUGCUGGUGAGAUUGCCGCAGAGCUUCCUGAAGCUAUCAGGAAGGAGAUAAUAAAACAACCUGCUCAGACAUCAGAAAAUGGAGAGGAGGAGGAAGCAAUACCCGAGGGUGUUGAUGAUGAGGAAGAAUUGGAAGAAUAAGAGCUCGACUGGCCAAAGUACGGUCAUAAGUCAGAGAUCAAGCCUACCAUAACGUUAUGGGAGAAGUUGGGCAGUGCGUUUGCAUGUGGCCUCUUGAACAGAUUGAGAUUGCGGCGCCUCUGGCCUAAUUAUCACUAACAAAGAGAACUUCGAGGAAGCACCCACUGUAUAAUAGAAAGCAAUGUUUUUGUGAAGUUGUGAGUUAGAUGGUUAUUUGUGUAACAUUGAAGUGCGGAAUGUAUCUUUUGUCUAUACCUGAUUUAUAAUUACCAUGGUGGAAAUUUGUGUUGCUCUUGAAGCAUUGUAACUUUCAUAAUCUCAUCAACAUCAAUAAAAAAAUGAAUUUCAUGAAACUGCUCAUGAGAAUUUUAGAUUUUGUGAAUGAAAUG